AUGGAUAUGUCAGACCUGGUUAACGACCCACUGGUCAAGUUUCAAAGAGCUUUUUACAUACCGUUGAUUAUAUUAAUAUGGGGAGCGGUUCCCACGUAUAUACCCUAUUAUCUAUGGGGUGAGUCCCUUUGGAAUGCCUGGUUUGUUUGUGUUAUGCUCCGGUACACCGGGGUGUUAAACUUGACCUGGUGUGUUAAUAGUGCUGCUCAUAUGUAUGGAAUGAAGCCAUACGAUGGUAGUAUAGUACCGGUUGAGGCGGAUAUGAGACACUUUUUAGUAGGCGAAGGCUUUCAUAAUUAUCACCAUACAUUCCCCUGGGAUUACUCGGCCUCUGAGUUGGGUUGGAUGGACGCCUUCAAUCCUGCGACGGCUUUCAUCGACGCGUUUGCGUCCAUUGGA